AUGCGGUGGCUGUGGCCCCUAGCAGUCUCUCUUGCUGCAUUGUUGGCUGCGGGGCUGAGCAGGGUCUCUGGGGGUGCCCUGUUGUCUUCAGGCAGGCACAGAGCCGAGGCCCCAGAGCCGCAGGGCCGAUCCAAGAGAGGCACUGAGGAUGAGGAGGCCAAGGGCAUGCAGCAGUACGUGCCUGAGGAGUGGGCUGAGUACCCCCGGCCUAUCCACCCUGCUGGCCUGCAGCCCACCAAGCCCUUGGUGGCCAGCAGCCCCAACCCAGACAAGGAUAGGGACACCUCAGGCAGCAGGCUGGAGCCAAAGAGCAACCUGACGGGGACACCGGGUCAGAGGCUGCGGAUACAGAACCCCCUGUAUCCAGUGACUGAGAGCUCCUACAGUGCCUAUGCCAUCAUGCUCCUGGCCCUGGUGGUGUUUGCUGUGGGCAUCGUGGGUAACCUGUCAGUCAUGUGCAUCGUGUGGCACAGCUACUACCUGAAGAGCGCCUGGAACUCCAUCCUUGCGAGCCUGGCCCUCUGGGACUUCCUGGUCCUCUUUUUCUGCCUCCCUAUUGUCAUCUUCAAUGAGAUCACCAAGCAGAGGCUUCUGGGUGACAUUUCUUGCCGGGCCGUGCCCUUCAUGGAGGUCUCCUCUCUGGGAGUCACAACCUUCAGCCUGUGUGCCCUGGGCAUCGACCGCUUCCACGUGGCCACCAGCACCCUACCCAAGGUGAGGCCCAUUGAGCGGUGCCAAUCGAUACUGGCCAAGCUGGCUGUCAUCUGGGUGGGCUCCAUGACGCUGGCCAUGCCCGAGCUCCUGCUGUGGCAGCUGGCACAGGAGCCCAUCCCCGCCACAGGCACUGUGGACUCAUGCGUCAUGAAACCCUCGGCCAGCCUUCCCGAGUCCCUCUACUCACUGGUGAUGACCUACCAGAACGCCCGCAUGUGGUGGUACUUUGGUUGCUACUUUUGCCUGCCCAUCCUCUUCACUGUCACCUGCCAGCUGGUGACAUGGCGGGUGCGGGGCCCUCUGGGGAGGAAGCCGGAGUGCCGGGCAGGCAAGCACGAGCAGUGCGAGAGCCAGCUCAACAGCACGGUGGUGGGCCUGACCGCCGUCUAUGCCCUCUGCACCCUCCCCGAGAACGUCUGCAACAUUGUGGUGGCCUACCUCUCCACCGAGCUGACCCGCCAGACCCUGGACCUCCUGGGCCUCAUCAACCAGUUCUCCGCCUUCUUCAAGGGUGCCAUCACCCCCGUGCUCCUCCUGUGCAUCUGCAGGCCGCUGGGCCGGGCCUUCCUGGACUGCUGCUGCUGCUGCUGCUGUGAGGACUGCGGCGGGGCCUCGGAUGCCUCAGCCACCAAUGGCUCAGACAACAAGCUCAAGACCGAGGUGUCCUCGUCCAUCUACUUCCACAAGCCCAGGGAGUCACCCCCGCUCCUGCCCCUGGGCACACCUUGCUGA